UUCUGUUCCACGUUUGAUUAAUCCUACAUAUUCCUUUCUCAGAGCACCCAUUGUUAGAACAGCCGGUUUCCAUGCAAGUCGUGCUUGUGCAUUUAAGAUUACUAAACCUGUCAAUGACGGAGCCACUUUCGUCAAAGGAUCAGUUAAUGAAGCAGUAGUGCUUCCCCAAAGAGACAAAGUUGCGGGAUCUUAUCAUUGGGAUUUCGAUCGUUUAUUGUCGGCAGCAUUGGUCCCACUUACUGUGGCAUCGGUGAUUAAUGGAGCACAUCCAAUCACUGACCUUUGCCUUGGUGUUAUUCUUCCAAUUCAUUGUCAUAUUGGUUUCGAUGCUGUUAUCACUGAUUAUUUACCAUCUCGUAGAACUCCUAUCUGGAAUAAGGUAACAACCUGGGGUCUAAGAGGUGCUACUUUGAUUGUCCUUUAUGGUUGCUAUGAAUUCAAUACCAAUGAUGUAGGUUUGACUGAAGUUGUCAAGAGAAUGUGGCACGCAUAA